CGUCACCCGCGGUACCGGCGAGUCACAUCGCCGACUUCCCGGGAACUCGAACGCGAAAACGGACCGUAGCAAAAGCCCGGCGUGGCGCGCACUAUUUUCGUGUGGGUCACUGACCUAUUUAAUGUUAGGAAAGCGCGCGCUCUUUUUAAAUUUUUCGAUGUUCUAUCACCGCGAUAGUUUUUGAUUUUUUUUUUGAUAUUCAGGAACACCGUUUGAAUUAUAUAUUUGUGUUAAUGUUCAAUAAUUAAAAAGGUUAGAUAUUUAGAGUAGUAACAAAAAAUAAGUUUGGACAAUCCAAAAUUUAUGAUGUUUUAUUGUUUUGACGUUUGAACUUUGCACGAUCACCGGAAGCGGGUUGCUUGGUUGUGAUGGAGCGUCGUGAGGCUGCGAUGUAGUUGUGUUGCUAUCAGAGAUGCGUCAGGGGCGGGAGUGGCGUGAUGCAUGCAGCGCGGGAUAGCAUGGCUGCCGCGCUGCUGCUCCUGCUGGCAACGGCCACCGGCUCACGGCUUGGAGAUCUGGCACGUCGGGAUACGGGCGAUGUGUUCACUCUACUGGGCAAAGAGUGCGGACCAGCUCAAUGCGCAGAGCACGGCGCAGGCGAGACAUCCGAAGCUGUCGACGGAUGCGCGUGCGCGUGUCCACAGCGCGCACCUCUCUUCAGAGAGGACAGGGAACUCUGCGUCGACGAUUUGCCAGAGUGUUCCUUAGCUAGUUUCGGGACUGGAUCUGGUCUGCAGAGGAUACCAUUCGUCUACUUGCCGUUGAAAGGCCAGAUCAUACACCCCUCUAAAGAAAUAACCUUUCCAGAUGUCAAAACUCCAAUCUGUGCGGUAUCCGGUGCCCAGUUUCUUACACGGAAAGGUUUCCUCGACCUUCGGAACACGCUCGAUGCUGACGUGCCAUUCAACCUGUUCAGAGAUGAGGGCAGAACUUUUCUUCAGUGGAGUGGUGAAGACGAUGUCCGCACGCGAAUGUCAGGGCGCGUCAUGGUGGUCCGUCUGCUGUGUCGUGACGUGUCCGCUGCUCCCACUUCGCCCCUAGAUCUGCGGGGGGUAUUCACGCCCUGUGUGGCGUUCAGAGUGCAAGGCACGCCGCCGAGACAAUCUUCCAAUGUAACAGAAGUCCAGUUCGCAUCUAACGCUCAAACUUUGGAAGCAUCAAACACGUCAGGACUUUCAGUGACAGAAUACGUCGCCAUUGGCUUAAGUUCUCUGCUUCUCGGACUCAUCUACGUUGCAUCAGUUUUCCUUUAUCUACACAUACGUAAACGUAGAAAAGCAGGUUCAGACGAAGACAGUAGUAGCACGAAAAGAAUUAAAGGUUUGAAGAAAAAGGACGGUUCUAUUAUAACCGAGAGAGACAUAGUACGGGUGACCAAUGAACGAGUACAGCCACUUACGAAUGUCAUCGGCCAAGAUGAUGGUCUCGUUAAGAAGAAUCCGCUUUUGAACAUGACUCGGCAAUACCAUGAAAGCAAGAGUUUUCCUGUUAGCGAUUCUGGCAGUAACGUAUCUGAUUCCGAGGAUUUUGCCGAGAGCAGUGCCCGAAGCGACGAUACAAACUCAUACAAUAACCAUACAACAUCUGCCGUUGUACACCUCCACCGUAGCGAACUGAAACUUCAAGACGGAACAGAACUCUCUCACCGCGACGAAUCUGGAAUCGAACGGUUGCCCGAUGAACACGUAUCGAUUGUUGAAACAACCGACGAUCGCGAAAUAGCACGCCCAGUCGGCACCACAAGACGCAAGCUUUACUUCAACCCAGCAUACUUCGAACCACAACUAAUGGCGGAACCUCCUCCAGCAGCUUUAGAAUUUCUAGUAAAAAUAAGAGAAGUCAUUUCAAUCGCAAAGCACAAGAUGGCUGCUAAGCGUUUCCAUCCAGUUCUGAAUGAAAUACCUGAAGAAGAAACUUACCCAUCCACCCCAAAUAGUAUAGACAUUUAUCAGGGACUUGGAAGUCAGAGAAGCGGAAGUAUCGUCAGCCUGAAAAGGGAGAAUAACAGAAAAAAGAGUGUCGCUUGUGUAGGGUGUCCAGGCUGUAAGUCUGAUAACGACAAAGAUGUACUAAACUAUAUGAAAUUUAACAUGAAGGCAUGUUCUAACUGUCAACAUCAUAAAGGCGAUAAACAAAGCAGUAUAAGGCAGUGGUUAGAAAAUAUACCUAUUGGAAAGCAUCAACCUUUCAACGGCGAAUUCUUGCAAAACCCCGACUAUAUCAAAGAAAAUAGAAACAAAUUAAGGAAACAAAACAGUUUUACUGCUUCAAACUGCAUGUACAGUCGAGAACACUUACCUAGAUGUAAAAAGUCAUCAAACAUGUCCGUCCGAUCAGAACCACCUUUACGUGGUUACAAUUUACCUCUUCCAGAGUUUGAAAAUGCUAAUUGCGUUCAUAGCAACUAUACUAACUUUCACUGCCAAACUGUUUCACGAGUUGAUGAUAUUACACCAAUUGGGCUUAGCGAGUACCGUUCAGGCAUUCUAAGAAAUUCAAUUAAUAACCAACAUAGAAUAAUGCCAAAUCAAAAUGGAUUACCUGAUAUGGUGAAUGAUACUAUUACCCUGGAUCACCAUGCAAUAUCAUACAACCAAAGUAGUUCAGAUGAAGAGAGAUACAAUAGGUCUGCGGAACACCCUAAUGUAUAUACCAGAAAUAAUUCAGCCAGUAUUUCAGGUAACGAAUAUGAAACUGAUAGUUUAGAAAGAAAUUGCAGCCAAAAAAGACUAUCAACGCCCACCGAAUUUCCUGAAAUACCUUCUUCUCAAGCUAGCCCAAGUUUGAGUAAUGCACUACCCUUAGAAGAAGAGCUCACUAUGCGGAAUGCAGUGUAUAAAACGCAUUCGAGUAGCAACAGUAACACUCCAUCACCGCAAAAAGACAUUAUUAUAGACGAAAAUUAUUACGAAACCAUUGGAAAACAAUACAGUGUCAUUAAAAAAGAAACAAGUGACACAAUAAAUACAAAAACAGACUACAGUCUAGUGAGUGAGGUCUAUGUUAACAAUAACUAUAAUUUCGGCAGUACGCCUACUUCGCCGAGUGGUUCGGAGUGUUCAUUUGGUAGUAGAAAAUUGAUUACUAAUGGCAAUAAUACUGAAGAAAAACCAGGAUGUUUGACAAUAGAAGUAAAAGACUCUCCUGAAAAUUAUAUUAAAAUACAUGAAUCUGAUGGUUUUGAACCUGAUACGUUAGACAGAAAACAACCCAAACAUAAAGAAACAAUAGAACAGGUCCAGUUCAGUAGGAAGGAUUUUAUUAAAUCUAUAGAUAGCGAUGAAAGUCAGCCCAAUCAAAAAAUUCAAUUAAGAAGCAGUGGCACUUUUACAAAAACUAAUAACAAAGUGGAAUACACAGCAAAAUUUAACAGUUUGAGAAACGAAUAUGAACAACGAAAAAAUUGUUGUGAUAGACCCAAAUUAAUGUCGUCUACUUUUCAAGAAAGUAAAAACACACAAAUCGCUUCUGAAAUAACAUGGGAAAAUGACCCUGCGGAGUGGAACAGUGAAGAAGGGCGAAUAUUAACAUUGGAGCUGCGGCAUUCAAAGAGACAGCGACAAUCAACACCGCCUACUAUCAAACAGUUAAAAAGUUUAGCAAGACCCGACAUUUUACCGCCACUACCUCCAACAGAGGACAAUCCGAUAUACGAACAACCUAUAGUUCCACCCCGAAAAGUUGAAAUAGAUAAAAUGCCCAUAUCAUCUCAUCCAAAAAACUUGAAUGGCAGAAGCCUCAGUCCGAGGACAUUGCACCAGUCUUCAGUAAUUGAAUCCACUAUGUGUAAUAAUCCAAUCUUUUGUGAAUCAAAAUUUGCACCAACUUGUGGUCCAUUGAGAGCUUCUGGCCUGUCUCAGUCCUCGGAAUAUGAUAAUGACGAAUCCGUACGACAAUCAUUCAGAUCUGGAGAUUUUUGUAGAAACUACAAUAGAAAACCAGCAAGAUCGAAUGUUAACUCAAACACUUUUAUCAAAGGUACCAAAGAUGAGAGCCAUGGUAAAUCACGAUUUAGAAGAAAGAAGGGUGCAAACAUUGAAGAUUCCGGUUACUUGAGCAGUGACUCGACGAGUUCUAGACAAGUUCAAAGAAGGUUAGUGAUUCCUAAAAUUGUAAGUUGUAGUGAAAGUGAUGACACUGAAAAUGAAGCUAGAAGUGAAUCUGGUGCUGAAAGUAUAGAGACACAUUCAGUUUACUUUGGCAGUUUUAGAAAUGGACAAGUAAAUGUAGAUAGCUGCUGUGUUAGUGCUUGCGUAGACACAAAAAGUGUUAGAAAUAGUAUUAGAAAAAUAAAACAUUCUAACAACAACGAAUUCUUAUAGCGGUUAUGUUUAAAUAAUAUUCAAAGAACUGUGCAAUAUUUUUACUUGUGUGCAAUAAAAUGUGCAAUAGAUUUUUAAGUACCCUGUAUGUUAAGAAAUAUUUAUUUGUAGAUUAUUUAAAAACAAUGCCUUUACAUUAAGUUGUCUAUUAAUAAAUAUACAAGAAUAAGUGGCCGGUUGUGCAAUGCAAUAAUAAUAGAUUAGGUAAUGAUACAAUAAAACUGAUUAUUCAAUUAAUAUAAGAAUAAUAUAAGAUAUAUUUUAUGUAAAAUAAUAAAUUGUUGAUAUUGAACUUAUUAUGUUAAUUACUGUCAAAGACAGACUAGACUGUAAUAAAUUAAAUUAUUUUAAAUAGUCAAGACAACAGAAAAUACAAAGAGAACUUUGAAAAAAAAAUUUGCUAGUGGUUGUAGUUAAAUGUUAUGCUAAUUUUGCUCAUACAUUCCUCUGCACUACACAUCCAUAUUUAUUUAUUCAUAUUAUUAAAUAUUUUUGAUUUGCAAUAGAAUUCAAUGAAUACAAAAUUAAUACACUCGGCAUCAAAAACAUCACACCUCCGCGAAAAUAACUUUCAAGCAUUAUGUUAACCCUCAACACACACAUUUACACCGACCAAUAUUGGUGUCAUUUAAAAGCCCAUUAAACAAACUCAAUAAAACAAUUCAAUUAGUUUUAAGAACCUUUUUGAACACCUUUGCCCGGAUGACGGCUUCCAUACGCUCCCUAAAAUCUAUGUUACCAAUUUUAGGCGCUCUUUUUGUGGGAUACUGGACCUGGAGUCGUGGGAGCGGGAUCACGAGACCGAAACUUGCGUUUCAAAUGGUCCCGGAGGUGCUCUAUCGGCUUCAGGUCUGGACUUCUCGCUGGUCACUGCUGCAUUACAUCCCAACCUCUUGAAGGUAGUCGCGCACAAUUAAUGCAAUGUGAGCGCGAGCGUUAUCGUGCAUUAAUGUGCACUGGUAUAAGGAACCACAUGUUCUUCCAAGAUCCCUGUGACCUACCUUGCCCGCGAGCACCUCCAGUCCGGGAGACGCUUACGAGAUCGGUUUUGCCGUCGGCCGACAUGCCGCCCCAAAAUAUACAGGAACCGCCCCCGUAUUCCACCGUCUCCUGGAUGCAGGUUUGGGCGAAACAUUCCCCCUGUCUUCUGUACACUCUUCUGCGUCUAUCGUUACAGAAAAGACACACUCUCGUCUCGUCUGAGAAAAGAACAACUCUCCAUUGGUCAAGGGUCCAAUUGACGUCGCGAGCAAACUGCAAGCGGGCUCGCCGAUGCUCUGCGGUCAAUUUUGAACCCACAGCAGCUCUAUGAGCCACUAUCUUCUUCUCCCUCAGUCUUCGCUUAAUCGUAGAAAUGCUCACGAUUGUUCUGCGAGCUGCCUGGAGUUGCUGUUGCAACUCAACAGCAUUAGAGAACCGAUUUCUUUGAUAUGUCGAUACGAUGAAUCGGUCGUCUCUCUCCGAGGUGCAGCAAAUAGCGAAUAACACCAAUUGAGCCUGUAUAAACCCUUUUAAUACCCACCAAAGUUAGCGCAACUAGUGACCUUUCUGAAUAGCAAAAUUGGCAUUCUUUUUUAAAGUCACAUUUAUGGUAUCAACCCUUUUUUUAUUAAAUAAAAUGGGUUUGUUUAAAGUUUAUUUAAUGAGCCUUCAAAUGACAUGAUUUGAAUGAUUUAUUUUAUACUGUCAGGAUUAAUUUUAAAGAGUGGUCUUCCUUUUUAAAGCUAACAGUUGAAUAGUACCUAUAUUUAAGUCAAUAAAAUUGACAAUACGUAUUUACUUCUUUAGGUUUAAACAUUUUAAGUAAUAAUAUUAGUAUAAUUGUAAAUAUAUAAAGAGAGUCGGGCAGCAAAUUUGGGCUUCCUAGUACCUGACACUACAGCGCAGCAGGGAGAUUUGAGGGCUUGUCUUACUGAAAAUCUGGUAGACGCAACAUUCUUUACUUAUUAUUUUCCAUGUCAUAUCUACUAAAGUCCGAUAUACUAUUUAAACGAUUUAACUCCGUGCUUGCCUUUGGGCAUGGACGACCUACAGCCAAACAAAAUAAAGUUACGUUUUCCGUGUGAACCCAAUCAUAAGAGUGCGCGGAUAUUUUUUAUUGUUUAUAAUUGUUAAUCGUUUUUCAUCUUGAUAGCUGGUAUGAUCAAUGUGCGUAGGAAGAUAGAAAAGAGUAUUAAGCUAUUUCAAAGUGUACGCGGUUCAGUAAGAUAGAAGAACUUAAAGAAAAUGAUCACCUCCCUGACUGAGCGCGCUUUUGGUUAUGGUUUUGGCAUUGGUUGGAAACAAACAAUCACAGUAACAUAUUGUUAAAAGUAAACAUUUCAAAAAAUAUACCUUUUUAUUUCUUCUACUGUUUUCAUUUGUUUGUUAUAUAAUUUAAGUUUUAUAUAUAUUAUAAAAAACAGCAUAAUUCCAGGUGAUAUCCAAGUUGCCCUUGCAUGAAUGAUUAUGAAUUAUUCAUAAAGAAUGCAUAUUUUAUUUAUGUAACCACAAAACAAAAAUGCUAUUUGACAGAUAUGUACAGUUAGCAACACAUUAAGUUGCCACAAACUGUCAAUAUUCACAGUAGAUUUUGAAUGUUAUACCAAGCAGCAUAAAAUUCAAAGUCAGUUAUAGAAAUUAGGCAGUUUAGGACAACUUAUGCUGUACAUAUUUUCACGCCAUGUAUCCCAAACUUACAUCAUUGUAUCUUUUUUUUUAAACACAAAAUCUGCUCUUAAUAACAGUCAGUUAAAAUAAGGAUUGUUUGUUGCCAACAGUCAUGGGUGUUUUUGCGGUGUUGGGACCAACAAUUUAGUAAAUACUUACUUAAUUAUUAUCAAGAUGUAGUUAAUUUAGGUAAUAGCUGACAGCAAUGGUGCUAAAAUAUCACGAAAAUGGAAAACCGGGUAUUUAUUAUUAGCCUCGUGAAGUUUUGUCUCACUUGAUUUAAAGAAAUAUAUUUAUAAAUGUAGAUGUAACUAAUUAAUAAGUUUAAAAUAUUUUAUUAGGAAAAGAAAAUAAAUGCUCAAUAUCAAACAAAAAUAUAAUUAUUAUUUAAAAUGCAAUUUUUAGUUUAGAAACAUACAAGCGACACAGACAAGGCCAGUAGGCGAGUAACAAUAUGAAGCAUUCCCUUCUGUCAAAGUAAAUGCCCAAUUGGUCGUAUGCAUGUCAUAUAGUACACAAAAAUAUUAAGAGGUGUGCAAUAUUUGGCAGUGAAUUAUUAUUUCAUGAUUUAUGUGUUAGUGUCGUAAUUACACUUUUGUUUUUUGUAUGCAUGCAGAAGGGCACUUGUGUGCUGCACAUUCCAUCCUGCAAAAAUCGGAACAAUUUAAAUAGUAACUUUGCUAAGACCGCUCCUUUAUUGGUUGGGUCCGUGUUGCACUAUGUUUAGAAACGAACCUUUUUACAGCCAGUAUUCAUAGAAUAUUAUGGCAAUUUAUAUAGUAGGUAUAGGUAGUAAAAAUAUACUUUGUAAUAAUAUGUAAAUUAUUUUUGUAUGUUAAAUUUUAGACAAUGAUCUUAUUGUUAUACUUUUUUAAAGAUAAAUGUUGCUUGUAAUUUAAUUGCACAUUAUUUAUUAAUUUAAAAUACAAUUUAGUCCCAGAAAUCGUUGUAUAUUAGGUAUUUAAUUAUUUGAAAUAAAGACUUUGAUAUGAAAAAAAUAUUUUUAUUUUAAAACAUUACAAAAGUUACGAUUUUAUUUUAUUAUCUAUUUAUCACAGUCUUCAUGCAUUAUAAAUAAACAGGUACUUUUAACUUCAACAAAUUAUUAAACAUAUGAAAUUUUAGACUCCAAAAGGUUUUUGUUAACACUCAUCACAUAAUUAUAUUCUGAGAUUAUUAUAUUACAAAAGUUACUUUGUUGAAAACAUCACUUACCUGACUUAACAAAUAAAGAACUUUUCUUAUCCUCAUUCUAAAUUAGUUAAACUUUUAAUUCCUUUAGAAGCUUCAUUUAGCAUACUUUGCCUAAAUUCAUUGUAGACAGUCAACCCUGGUGAAAACAGAUCAAUCACAGUGCCAAUCUUAUCAUUUGUCUCUGCAUCUUUACUACUACUCAUCUUCAUCAUACAAGUAUCGAGAUAUUCAAGUAAUAUGUUGCUUUGGUUGACAAUUGCCGAUCCAUAAACUUCAUAGUUUAAUUUUGAUGGCUCCAUUUCCAGAGGUUCAUUGUAUUGCAACAAAUCAUUCUUCUUUGCUGUAAUUCUUUGAUGUUUUGCAGUCAUUACUAUUUGAUGUGGUAAUAUAUUAUGUACAUAGUACAUUAGUGUGGUGACUUGAGAUGGUGAUCUGAAAAGAAAUAUACAUAGCAUGACUAUAUUAGAGAUGGCUUGAUUUCUUUUACUUAUAAUUAGAAAUUGCCAUUGUUUAAAAUCUAACAUAAAAAGAUAUCAAGAGCAACAAAUAUGAAGAAGAUAACAAGCUUCUCCGUUAGAGCAAUAUGAAAUUUCUCCCACUAGGUUAGUAACAAUGUUACCAAUAUUAAUUAUUUUUCUUUUAAUUCAUAUGUGGCAUGUUUUAAGUUAGCAAAAAUGAGUUCUGUGGACCUCUGUUAAAUAUUGUGAAAGCAGAAAGCGACCAUUGGUCAUUUUUGAAAUCAAACAAAAAUAACUUUGGUUCAUAGAGCAAAUUUUUGCUUGCUUCAAAAAUGCCUGCUCAUCGCUUUCUGCUUAGCAAAGCACAUUCUUAAAAUACAAAUAUAUAAUACAAAAUCAUACAGAAACUAAACACUAUACCUGGUGUAAACUGACACAUUGUAUAUAUUUCCAUUUGCAUCAUCUUUUUGAAAUACAAGCAUAACACCAUUCAAGACAUGGUAAGGUGAGUUUCUUUGAACUAUAAUGUUGUUUGUGCUUUGAACAAAUUCCAUAUGAAGAUGCAUACAAAAUAAUUCUGCUAUAUCCAUCAUUGGAUCAUCAUCUUUUCUUAUGUGUCUAAACACCAUGUCAGUUCUGGAUGUUGAUGCCAAUAUAGCUAAACAUGACAUUUCAUCUGUAAUUUUAAAAUUACAAAUUAUAAUUGAUUAAUUAAAUUACAGAAAUAAUUCUAGGGUCUAAUAAAUUAUUAAGUAAUAUUUUAUAAACAAAUAAGUUAAUAAUAAUAAUAGUUAUACAAGUUAACAAUAUAACUAGAAAAAAUUACACGGGGACCAGGCAGUAGACGGGACUCGAACGAGCUAGCAAAAGGUGCGGAUGCUUAAAAAAAAUAUAUAACUUCUAUUGAUAUUUUUACUCAGGUUUAUUUAAACUGUUUAUGAAAAUAAGACUGCUACUUAAAUAACAUUUACUUUUUUCAAUGAUUCAAGUCACAGCUUGCAGUAUUUAUUUUAUUAAAACAGAUAUCAAGUAUUUUUUCUAUUUAAGUUAUCCCAUUGCAGGUUGGUGGGUAGUACCUAACCCAGCUGCUAAAUGUGUCUUUUCAAUCAUGGAAGAGUGCAAGAUAAGAAAGGUAGGGCAUGGGAGAUUUUCCUCUCAAAUUGGAAUGCUCAACUGGGGUAGCAACCUCCACCUUCUAGAAGAUCACAGUAACAUAACACUACCUUUUGAUGGUGCUGUGUUUGGUAAAACUUUACUUCCAGGGCCCAAGAGGCGACACUUGAUUUUUUUUGUAGAAAAGGUCACUUUAAACAAAAAAAAGCAUAUAGUCACAACACUAACCUAACCUAGUGUGAAGUAUCACCACUUCUGCCCUGGAAGUACAGUUUACCCUGUGUUGGUGGGUAAAAUUCCAGGGCUCAACGGAGUAGGGGAUCGGGUCAAAGUAAGCAGUGGUGUGAGUGAUAUUUUUGGUAUUGCAAGCAUUGAUAGAGUAUGGUGGCUGCUUACCAUAGGCUGUAUAACGGUUUAGCACCUUUUUCAAAAAAAAAAUGUUUUCAAUCAUAAAAUAACUUAAGCUUACCUAGCUCACUAUUUGUAAGUACAUCAUACUGUUUCUCACUAAUUUCUUCACAAGUUAUGAAGACAUGAUCAAAUGGUAUUAGAUAUUCUUUACCAUUCUUGUUAUAAAAUAAAGCACCAUUGAAUUCAAUUUUAUUAGAUAAUACAUGUUUUAGUUCUUCUGUGUUUAUAACAGCUGUAACAGCUAUUUCACUAUCAUUUUUAAUAAUUCUUGUGUUCCUUUCCUUCCAAAAUGGUGGUGCUUUUAUCUUUUCAAAUAAUUUUGUGGUAUAAAUUAUUGACAAUUUGUCUGUACCAUGAAGUAAUAUUUGAAUGUCUUCAAGGGGUCUGGAAAUUUAAAAAAGAUAAUAAAUGAAUUUCUCAAACAAACCUUCCUUAGACAGGUUAAGGAAAUUUCUUAGUAGGAAUUUAUAAUUCCUGUAAGGAAAUAAAUAUUUUAAAUCUAAGGCCCGUAUUACAGAAUGACAACUAAGUGUUGAUCUUUACUUGAGUACAGUUAGAAAGGGAUGUCGCUAUGUGGUAUAUAUAGCAAUGUCCCUUUCUUACUAUGCUCAAGACUAGAUUAAUUACUGAGAAUCUUUCUAUAAUACGAGCCAAAGUCUUAUGAAACUUCAAAUUAAAGGCUUCAUUUAAAUUUUGUAUUAACCCAUUUGAAAAUGACAUUUCAAUCCUUACAUAUCUAAAUACCAAUUAGAAUAAUACUUACUCAUCGGAAGUAUAAGAUAGAGUUAAUACAAUGAUUAUCCUUUUGUUGCAGAAUUUUACCCAGGGUGUCUGUGUUCUAAUAUCCAGGGGAAUAUUUUUUAUCACCUGUAAAAUAUAAAUAAUUUAAAUCCAUUUUCUUACUCACAAAACAUAGUAAAAAAAUAAUGAUAAUCCAUUUUCUUGCAAAAACUACUCUGCUUUUACCUCUUUAGAAUUAGCUUGAAAUACGGAAUCAUCAGUAUUAGGACAAACUUGUUGGUAGAAUGAAAGAGCUGACAUCUGACGUAAACUUAAUAACUCAUUUAGAGUUUUUUCAUUGCACUUUACGCUAUACUUAGUUUCCGUUAAUUUCCUCAUGAGUUCAGUUAAAAUUGGUAAAGAGUCAUCAGCGUGUAUCCCACUUAGCACCAUCGCUCUAUCUCCUAAGUGAUCAAAGUUAUCAUCGAAAACCAUAGGCACAGCAUCAUCCUUGCGUAUUAUUUUGAGACAAGCUUGUCCUCUACAAGAUAUAUCUUCGAUGGUGUAUCUAUCAACAUUUACAACUCGCCGAUGCAAGCAAAGCUCAUGUUUUCUCGAUAUUAUCAAAACUUCGUCACCAAUCACCACUAAAUAGAAGAGUUCACAGUUGCCAUUUCUCAGAAUUUUGAUUUCGGACGGCGCCUUUGAAGAACUUAGCUUCAGAGAACAUACCACCUCUCGUUUGUAAUAUUCUAUUAUUUCACCUCCGUAGUUGCAAACGGUAACAUCGAUGUUUUUCUCAUCUCGAGGGUGGUUGUCGUAAAACACGAAACAUGUUAUUGCAUCUAAGGUCGAUGCUGGUACUGAUUUGACAAAUUCUUGCUUCACAUUGUCCGGUAAUUGUAAAUUCAUUGUUAGGUCUUAAGACUUUUAAUAAUUUAAUAAAAUCAAAAUAAAUGCAUAAAGCAUAAGCCACUGAGCAAGUAAUCUAUAGCCGGCAAA